ACUAAUCAAUUGUUGUUUCAGGCUCGAUUCUGACUUGACAGAAUUGUGAAACGUCAAAAAGUAGCAACAUCAAAAUUAUUUGUAAAUGUGGUUUAUUGAUUGAAUAAUGAACGAACAAUACCAUUAUCAUCAUCAGAAUCAAAAGGCGGAGUAUACUGACUCACAGAAUGCACAAUUCGACGAUGUCAUUAUUCGAAGAAGCAAUGAAAUUAUUAUCGCCCGAGCAAACGUCGAACUAUACAACGCAAUGUACGGUGAUCGACAUUGGAAUCUGGUUGAUGUUGGUAUGAUUUACUUGAUGCAAAACCAGAACCUAUACUAUUUGAUUCUCUUUUCAACUGAAAACCUGCAGCCAAUUUGGCAACGCGAAGUCAGUCGGAACCUUAUAUACAAGAUUGAUAAGCCCUAUUUUCAUAUACUUUUUGUUAAGAAAGAACUUCAUGGUCUUAAUUUUGCUGAUUUAACGGAAGCGGAAAUGUUUUUCUACGCGAUGGAACGCCUGUGGCCCUUUAGGAACUUCAGUAAAAUGAUUAGUAAAUUUACGACGCGCUUUGCAAAUUUCUUUAGCAGAAAACGAGUUCCACCAAUGCCCACAAUCUCAAGAAAUCAACAUUUCCAAAUUGUAGAUACAAAACCACCGUCGUCUUUCGGAGAAAACCAAUUCUACAGAGAUGAGGUGCCUACCAGGAUGACAGUGUUCAAUGGAGCAGGGAUAAACACACAAGAUCAACAUCUUAACUAUGCCUACGACUACAGUGACGCCGAACAAAGCCACUAUGGUAAUCAAAAAAUCGUUUCAGGACGUGUUCCAAAACCACCUCCCUUGCCACCACCAGUUAUGGGUUUUUCCUAUGCUUCUUCCAAUGAUCGAAUGGGUCGAAACUGUAAUGGUCUAAAUACAAAUACGAAAAACUCAUUUGAAGCGCAGAUCAAACAUGAAGCCAGAAAACACAAUUCGGCCAUUCAGAAUUUGUUCAAGUAUCUUCCAUGAUUAUGAUUGCGAAAUUAUAAAUAAUGUGAUGUGUAAUGCCCUUAAUUCCAUUGAUCAUCUGAAGAAUCGUCAUCGGUAUCCGAAUAAUUAUGCACAAUGUUUCUUUUUGCAAGUGCCAAAGCAAUUGCAUUAAAUAGCUGCGGCUUCUGUGUAUUUUCCUUAAAAAAUGAUUAGUAACUAAACAAAGACGUGACAAGUA